AUGGAAGAAGCGCAAGAGUACGAAGAACAAGAGGGUGAAGACAGAUACCCCACCCCAAAAUCCUCCUCCAUCCUCGAAGACACCACAAGAGCCCUAUCCUUCGAAGAAGCCGGAGAGUGUCUUCACACCCUAGGAAAAUGCGACUCUGGGCUAGGUUACGCUUAUUUAGGACUGAACGCUUCUAAUAAAGGCUUGACAGACAUACAGGUGAUACCGAAGUUCAAAUACGUGCUCUACGUGGAUGUUUCUGGGAAUAGAUUAACUACGGAGGCGUUGAGGGUUCUUACUUGCAUGACGUAUCUUCUGAUGAUUCGGGCUGAUAAGAAUGUUUUGGACUCUGCGGAGCUGGAUCCUAUGCCUUAUCUACAGGUGCUGACUCUAAAGAACAACAAACUAACAACCACCCUCGGCAUCUCGCACACUCUCCUCGAAUGCCUCGAACUCAACUACAACAACAUAGAAGAAGUCACCCUAAACCCCUACGACCUGACAAACCUAAAAACGCUCGAACUCCGAGGAAACAUCCUAACAACCACCAACGGUAUAUUCUUCCCAGGAUUGACUCACUUAUACCUAGCAGAGAAUCAGAUAGAAAAAUUAGAAGGAUUAGAAAUACUCAUUAAUCUGAAGAUCUUGCAUCUGAGAAGUAACAAGCUGGUGAAUUUGGAUGGGUUUGAUUCAAGAUGUGCGAAGCUCAGUUAUGUGAACUUGAGGAACAACGAAUUGACAAAGUUAUCGGAGCUGGAGAAGUUGAGUUGCUUACCGGCGCUGGAGAUUUUGGUUGUUUUGGAGAAUCCUGCGGUGGGGGAUCCUGGGGAGGAGGAGAGUACGUAUAGAAAUAUUGUGCUGGCGAUGCUGCCGAAUUUGAGGAGGAUUGAUAAGGAUCCGGUGGACUAUCGGGAGCAGAGGGAUGCUAGGGAGUUUAGGGCGCAGAUGAUUCGGGAUGGGACCACGUUUGGUGACAUGGAUUUGAAUGUACCGAUAGAUUGA